GUUAUUGGCAACUGCGACAAAGAGGCCAGAAGGGAGGGGACGAGUCCGCGGGACCGAGGGACAGUGAUCGGACAGGGGAAUUGGAUCAGAUCCCAGGCGGUCAAGGGGGACGCACCUGGGACCCCGAAGAAUCGUGUGACACCGUAUACUCUGCAGCAGCCCCGCUGAGCAUUGCCCUUCCAUGGAGCUCCCAGGCAACCGCUGCUGAAUGCUCGGCCGGAUUAUUACAACUAGAUUUCUGUGACAGCCGCCCUGCCGAGCCAGCCACCCAUAUUUGCAUCCGUCCAUUGAUCGCGCCAGUCAGUCAGUCAGUCAGUCGGUGUGUGCUCUUGCUCGGGCGCUCUUCGUCGACGCUGUCGUCGCGGGCUUUCUUGCUUUCUAGAUGAUUGUCCUCCCCGUGCAGAGGACAUCAUCCCAGCGCUCCUCGUCGAUCGACUCGCUUCGGCUGCGCCCGAGCCCCGGUUCCCAGUUGCUCGCCGCAGGCUGCUGGGCUCUCUGCGCGCUACUAGUCUUGGCAUGCCACCGCAGUGUUGGGAAGGAUUCGAUUCAGUACCAUGUAAGGACCCGGAGAUUGGAGAUUGUAAGGGCACCACUCCGUAAUCAGAUGGAUGAAGGUGAGGAGGUGUCAGUGCGUAGUUGGGAAUACUGGAGAUAGCAUCGGCGAGCGGGAGAAGGGAUGUGUGAAACGGCCCUGGAUGCCGCCCACACACGCAGGCACGAAGAAGCACCGGGCACCUUUCUAUUUGUGAGUAGACCAACGACUAAUGAUGGGCAUGGAUACCUCAGUACAGAGGUUACGACCAUCGAGUGCACAGACGAGGAUGCUACUGCCAGGGAAAUGGAAUUCUGCACUACGCCGUUUUACAAAUUGCACGGCGUAGUGCAGAAUCAAGACGAAGACCAGAAGAAAAUGCCUCGAAAACGCCAAUGGCUCGGGGAAAAGGAUGCUUUCUUUCUUCGUGAGGGUUUCGUUAAAAAUAUGGUUUCCAUACCAGCCAGGUUUCAGUUCGUGGUCGAAGGACCUAAGUGCAAAGUGCAACGCCGCCCGCUGAUGAGGGAUGUCAGCGACACCACAUGUGAGAGCGAGACACCUGAGAACGAUCUGAUAAACCUACUUCCAGAUGAAUGUCUCUAUGAGAUAUUUAGAUCAUUGUCCCGAGCACAGGACCGUCGCUCUGUGGCGGGAGUAUGCCGGCGGUGGCUUUGGUUACAGAGUCACAUGCCCCGCUCAAGCUUUAAGACUAGGCUUGCGAGUAUCGCACCUUUGGAGCAGGAGGCUACUCAGACGCGGAUUGUUCGAAAUAUCGGUCGAGGCGGUCAAAACGAUCGGGCCCCUGAGCCCGUCGCAGUCCUCGAUGAGGAAGAAAGUGAUUUGUCUCGGGAUCUAGGAGGGAGAAAGGCUACAGACGUGAGGCUGGCAUCUAUGGCUGUCGGGACGCUGGGUCGAGGUGGUUUGGGAAAAUUGAGGAUCCGGGGAGGCCCAGGAAUGGACAUAUCUAGAGCUGUUAGUGACGAGGGAAUGAAAGCCGUUGGUGUUUGUUGUUGGGCGUUGCGAAAACUUGACCUAUGGCACUGCGCUAACAUUGGGGAUGAGGGACUGAUAUCCAUUGGCAGGGGUUGUCAUCGCCUGGAGAGACUCAAUAUUUUGAAGUGCCCUGGAAUUGGAGAUGCAGGUAUUAGGGCUGUUGCAGAAGGGUGUCCUCUUCUUAGCAACAUUAGCUUGGACUCCUGCAAGAGGAUUGGAAAUGAAGGCCUGAAAUCCAUCGGGCGAUCUUCGUCAAACCUCGUCUCCUUAAGCAUCAGCAACUGCGAAGUAGGCAGUGAGGGUAUCGUUGCGGUGGUAUCAAGUUGCUUAAAGCUGAAGGAGAUGCUGCUGGAAAAGGUUGAUCUUAAUGAUGCUGGACUUGGCCAGGUGGGAGAACACUUGAAGUCUCUCGUUAAACUCACCUUGUCUAACCUGAAGAGUGUUACUGAGGCCGGUUUUCUUGCUCUUGGAGACUCAUCAAGCUUGCAGGAGCUGAGAGCUAUGCGAGUCAGUGCUUGCCAAGGACUGUCAGACAAUGCCUUGAACGUCGUUGGGGAAAGUUGCAAGGAGCUGAGGGUUUUUUCUCUUCUCAAUUGUGAGGCAGUCAGUGAUAUGGGGCUACAGGCCUUUACUAUGUCCUGUCGUUUUUUGGAAAGCCUUCAUGUAGAAGGCUGCAGUGGCAUUACUCAAGUCGGAUUGAAAGCUGCCCUGGCAAACCGUGGGGGACAACUCAAGGCCCUUCGCCUGAGCAAUUGCAGUGGAGUUGUAGAGGACGGUCUGACGGAUAAGGAUGUGGUCCAAACAUGCAGUGUUCUCAAGUCCCUGAGCAUCACAGAUUGCAAACGAGUUGGUAACGAUUGCCUUGGAAUGUUGGUCCGUUCUUGCCCGGCACUGGAAGUUCUGAAUUUGAGCGGUCUAAGUGCGGUCGGCGAUUCUGUUUUGAAACAUUUAGUCGGAGGGGCGAAAAGGAAGCUCAGAGAGCUGAAUUUGACCGGCUGUGUGGAAGUGACGGACGUGGGAGUUUGUGCUGUUAUUCAGCGUUGUGCUGAAAAUCUUAAGAUUCUCAGUCUCGAGGGCUGUAUCAAGGUAAGCGACAAAAGCAUGCAUGCGCUUGCAGUAACGUGUUCGGGACUCGAAGAGUUGGACGUUUCGAGAUGUGGGAUUACCGAUGAUGGUUUGGAAGCUGUUCUAGUCGAGAAUGGAGCAGCGUUGAAGAGCCUGUCUUUGGCAGGAUGCGAAGCCCUCACCGACAAGAGUCUUGAGGCUCUUGAGAGGCUUGUGGUCCAUGAUAAAUUCGGAUCUUUGAAUGUGAAGAAGUGUCAGGGUAUGAGUCGGAAGGCCCUGGACCGUUUUGAGAUGAACUUUUUCAAUACUUUUAUGCGGCGCACCUGAAAGAGGCUGAAUUUACUGGGACCAUUCGAGCCAGUUUUUUGAAGGUUCGAGCUUGGCUUUCCUGGGUGUGAAAACGCUCUUGGGGAAGCGGUUACAUAUGGUGCUCCGUAUCGACUUCCAAUAGUUGUAUCGGUUGCUUCCAUCAGGAAUUUCUCAGAUCUUUUGGCUAGUGAAAUGAUUUGCGAAGCGGAGGUGUUGUUUCUGGUUCCUCUAGGGGCCAAGUCUAGACGCAUAGAUCCCGUACGUGCUUAUAGUGCUUUUAAGGGCUCUGAGAACUCUGCCGUCACGCGAAGGAUCAAUUGGACUGCUCAUUUGUUGGAGCUUCAGCCGGAGCGGAGCAAGGGAUUGUCCAGUGUGGUGAUAACAUGUGUUUAUGGUGAAGUUCAAUAGCCCGUCAUACCUAUGAUAAGUAUCUCUCAGGAAGUUUUCAGACGAAGGCACUGUCGUUGGAGAUUCUGACUGUUGAACCUCUGGUUACACGUUGUUCAGACUAGUCCUGGUUUUUUGGAGCAGCUGUUUUUGCAGGUAAACACCAGUUAUGGGAGCCUGUUUUUUUAUCUUGGAAUCGUUCACCUCCUGUGACUUCCUCGAUACCCCGGCUAGCUUUUUGCACCAGGAGCAAUUCUGCAGCAUAUUACAACCGAAGGUAGUGCAGCCAGGUUUUCAUUCCACUUAGUGUCGUCUGAUCAGUAGUUAGUAUAGCAGCACGUCAAGUGAGUAGAAGCUCACACAUGUGAUCGUUUCAUAGAGGAUGUUGCCAGCUUUACUUUGUCAGGAACGUAGCCACGGCAUUCGUUGGCAGCUAUGAUGAAUCUUUGUUGUCAGAACCUUUGUAGCGAGAGCUCAAGUUCUGAGUGAACACUGUGAAAUGGACACGGUUGUCUUAUUCAAACUCUUUCCAUUCACGUGGAUUAUUU